AUGGGGUUCAAACAGAGUCAGUAUGAUCAUAGUCUGUACUUGAAACACACUCAACAAGGGGCUGUUCUAGUAUUAGUGUAUGUUGAUGAUAUGCUCAUCACUGGAGAUACACUUACUCUGAUUCAAGACAUAAAGAACAAGCUUGCACAAGCUUUUAAAAUGAAGGAUCUAGGAGAAUUAAAGUUCUUCCUAGGAAUUGAGUUUGCAAGGACAACUCAAGAAUAUGAUGAUCACUUGGCAAAAACAAGAACUAACACAACUGUUGAUCCUCCUACUGAUCAACAUGCCUACCAGAGAUUAAUUGGAAAGCUACUAUAUUUAACUAUGUCUAGACCUGACAUCUCAUAUGGUGUUCAAACACUAAGCCAGUACUUACGUCAACCAAAGAAAUCACACAUGGAGGUUGCUUUGAGGAUUGUCAAAUAUGUGAAGAAGGAACCAGGAAGAGGCAUUCUACUGUCAAGCAAUAAGUCAGAAGGAAUAACUGCAUACUGUGAUGCAGACUGUGCAGCAUGUGCACACUCAAGGAAAUCAGUAACAAGGUAUCUCAUCAAACUAGGUGAUUCUAUUAUUUCAUGGAAAUCAGAAAAACAAACUACCAUAUCCAGAAGUUCUUCUGAAGCAGAAUAUAGAAGCAUGGCAGCAACUGUUGCAUAA